AAAGACGUCGCCGAGUUUGUCUGGAGGUGUUUUACCUGUCAACAAGUUAAAGCCGAACAUCAGAGUCCGAUCGGCCUCCUGCAACCACUGCCUAUUUCGAGGUGGAAGUGGGAGGAAGUGACGAUGGAUUUCGUUACGGGAUUACCGAGGUCGUCUGAACAUCACGACGCUAUAUGGGUCGUGGUCGACAGAUUGACUAAGGUCGCGCAUUUCUUACCCAUUUCGAUGAAGAUGUCUUUGGACAAGUUGGCUGAGAUAUAUACCCGUGGAAUCAUUCGACUCCACGGAGUGCUCGUUACUAUCGUAUCAGACAGAGAUCCCACAUUCGUCAGCAGAUUCUGGCACAGCUUACACGAGGCGAUGGGCACAAAGCUAGA